CGUCUCUCCUCAAAAUUCAAAAACCCUAAAACUUUCUCAGAGAUCUCGAGAUGAAAGAUAACCAAACGGAAGUUGAAUCUAGGAGCACUGAUGAUAGAUUGAAAGUUCGAGGUAAUAAAGGUGGAAAGAAAACAAAGGAUCCAAACAAGCCUAAGAAACCUCCAAGUCCUUUCUUCGUCUUCCUGGACGAUUUCCGAAGGGAGUUUAAUCUAGCUAACCCUGACAACAAAUCCGUCGCUAGUGUUGGUAAAGCUGCUGGAAAGAAAUGGAAAUCGAUGACUGAAGAAGAUAAAGCACCUUUUGUAGCAAAAGCAAAGAGCAAAAAGACUGAGUAUGCUGCGACUAUGCAACAGUAUAACAUGGAACUGGCUAAUGGAACCAAGACAGCUGGAGAUGAUGAGAAACAAGAGGAGAAAGCUGAUGAUUAGGAAGUUGGAUCAGUGAUUUGUGUAUCGAGUAUUUCUGUUGUGUUAUGUGUUUUUAGCUAGUUUUUAGGGAGAAUAAUUGUUACGUUCCUAUUUUCUCCUUUCUGUAUACUGUGAGAUUAUUCAGAUGUAACUUCUACUUCUUCUUAUGAUAACUUUGGAUUUCGCUUUGAGCUUCAAUUCUACAUUUUAUGAGAUGAUAUCAUGUGUUUGCAAGUU